AUGGCCGGCGGGCUUCUGGCAACCACAUGUGACGACCCCGGGAUGGACUCCGCUAACGAGUCUCAAGCUGAUCACACAGAGCAUCAGAUUAAACAGCAGUUUGAGAAGCUUCAUCAGUUUCUCAGAGAUGAAGAAGAAGCUACAAUCACUGCACUGAGGGAGGAAGAGGAGCAGAAGAUGAAGGAGAAGCUGGAGAAGAUGAACAGUCUCAUCUCAGCUCUUUCACACUCAAUCAAAGACACGGAGGAGAUGAUGAAAGCCAGUGACGUCGGCUUUCUGAAGGAGUUUCCAGUCUCAAUGGAAAGAGUCCAGAUCUCAUCACAGCCGGAUCCACAGACGCCUUCUGGAGCUUUGAUUGAUGUGCCGCGUUACUUGGGCAACCUGCCCUUCAGAGUCUGGAUGAAGAUGCAGGACAUCGUCCAGAACACUCCGGUGAUUCUGGAUCCAAACACUGCAAAUCCACAUCUCGUCCUGUCUGAUGAUCUGACCAGUCUGAGAUGGAGCGAGAACAAGCAACCAGUUCCUGAUAAUCCAGAGAGAUUUGAUGAUUAUUCCUGUGUUCUGGGUUCAGAGGGUUUUAACUCAGGAACACACUGCUGGGAUGUGGAGGUUAAAGAGAGUCUAUGCUGGAGUCUUGGAGUAACUACAGCAUCAAACCAGAGGAAGAGAUAUUAUUUCUUCAUCACUGAUGAUGUCUGGUGUGUGCAGCAUCAUGAAUCUCCAUUUCGCUCACCAGUCACAAAAUUUGGUUUCUGUGUUGAACAGAAUCUUGAUCGUGUGAGAGUUCGUCUGGACUGUGACAGAGGAACAGUGUCGUUCUCUGAUCCUGUAACUAACACACAUCUACACACAUUCACAACCACCUUCACUGACACUGUCUUGCCAUUCUUCUGGUGUUGGUCUGAACCUCUAAAGAUCUUACCGUUCGAUAGUCUGUAAUCUGUAGAUCUGGAUC